UGCUUUGUUGUAGAUUCCGUCUAGGUUUCCUGCAGAUUUUAAGUGUUGCAAUGGAACCGAGCUGGAGUACAUUUUUAUUCCAGUCUUCUGUAGGUCCCAUGGUUCCAGGGAAUCCACGUAGGGACUACUACACAGGGAUCAGACAGGCCAAUGAAGCCCUGCAUCACCAGCACCAGGUGGCCCAGAACAGCUUGCUGCCUCUCCUCCAGUCAGGAGGACCAGAACCUGUGGACCAGAAACCUGUGAUGCCCAUCCUCUUGGACCAGAAGCCCCCGGUCAGCGUCGCAGAGCUCCUCAAGGACAAUGUGGCCAGUGGGACGGGGGGAGGCGGAGGAGGAGGCGGUGGUCCCGUUGUUGUGGUGAAGAAAGAGCCCAAGUCCAAAACACCGUUCAUCUGCGGCUACUGCAACAAGGCCUUCCGGGACAGUUACCAUCUCAGACGGCACGAGUCCUGCCACACGGGCGUCAAGAUGGUGUCUCGUCCCAAGAAGACACAGACGGCGCCCACCAUGGUGCCCAUGAUCUCCACAGUGCCACAGCGCGAGAACAGCGGCGGCCAGCCCUCUUACAUCUCCACCAUCGCUGGCAUCCUCACCACGGCAACCACCUCGGCCUCCACGGGCUCCAGCAUCAUGUCUCCCACCAUGGUGCCCCAGCAGCACCAGCACCAACAGCAGCACCAUCAUCAUCAGCAGCAGAGCCAGCCCAAGAAGCCUGCCAAGCCAGUGAAGAAGAACCACGGCUGUGAGAUGUGUGGCAAGGCCUUCCGUGACGUCUACCACCUGAACCGUCACAAGCUGUCCCACUCAGACGAGAAGCCCUUUGAGUGCCCCAUCUGCCAGCAGCGCUUCAAGAGAAAGGACCGCAUGACCUACCACGUGCGCUCACACGACGGGGGCGUUCACAAACCUUACAUCUGCUCUGUCUGUGGGAAGGGCUUCUCCAGGCCUGACCAUCUAAGCUGUCAUGUGAAGCAUGUUCAUUCCUCAGAGAGACCCUUCAAAUGCCAAGUAACGGCCUGCACCUCUGCUUUCGCCACCAAAGACCGCCUGCGCUCCCACAUGAUCCGACAUGAGGGCAAGGUGACCUGCAACAUCUGUGGCAAGAUGCUGAGCGCUGCCUACAUUACCAGCCACCUCAAGACCCACGGCCAGGCCAGCUUCAACAACCCCUGUAAUAAAGGGCUAAGUGACUGGCAGUGGAACCACCACUCAGGGCUACGAAAAGACUCUAACAACGUGCACAACUCCGGCUCGGUGACGCCCGUCACCAACUCUGCCGCCAUCACCUCGGCCAUGAACCGUGGCAACGCCAGCAACCCGGUAACCAUCGCCGCCCAGAUGAACAUCACCACCAGCACGGUCAACAUCACCUCUCCAAUCAACCUGCAGCACCCAGUGACCAUCACUGGGCCCAUGAAUAUAGCCCACCCUGUGGCCAUCACCUCUGGGAUGCCCAUGAAUAUAACCGGGCCGCUUAACAUCGCCAUGCGGCCCAUGGAUAGCAUGCCUUUUCUCUCCCAGGUCCUGCCUUCCUCCCCUCCCUGGUAGUAACCCCUUCCCUGGCCCCUGGUUAGCAUCUCUUUAUCAACCCCUCCCACCUCUCUCCUUCUACCCCCAAACCACCACCUCCUCCCUUACUUUAGCAGACCUUCCUCCUUACCAGGAGUACUAUAGAUGAUCUUGUAGUAGAGCAGAGGUGUAGUAUGGUGGGCUAGCUGGACGCUGUACCCGUCUGUCUGUCCGUCUGGCUGCAGUGGGAGCAGCUGUGAAUGCAGCAUGAUGAGAGGUGGACUGGCCAGCCCCUGUAGAUGCUGGUGCAUUUUAUUACCUUUUAACUGCCGGUAGGAGAACAGUCCUGGAAAUCAUGUGAAGUCUCGGAAGGAGGAAUGGAGCUUUGGAAUGAUGCUCCAAGUGGAUGCCUGACGUAAACAAACAACGAGUUAUGCCUCGCCUCUUGCGUCAGAACAUACCUGCACAUUUGGCAUUGGAAUGAAACUGUAACAAAUGUAUUGCUGGUAUUAAUGUUUUUAAAUGCUCUCUUACAGAGCAGAUAGUUUUUAUAUUAGUUUUCCUUUUGUUAUUAUUAUUAUAGCCUGCUAAUCAGUAUUUAAUAGUUGUAUGCUUUGUAAGGAGUUAAGUACAGCAAAAGGGACAAAGGCUACCAUUUUGCAGGAUGGUGAUUUUUCUGGAGAGAAAAAUAUCAAAGGCUCAACAGUUCAAUCUUAGGUCAAUGCCUUUGACUGUAUAAGGUGAGCUCUCCCAGGUCCUGAUGCCAUCAAUGGAAAAUGGUCACAUUCUCACUGCUGGUUACUGUAAACCUAUACAUGGUGUUUGUUAGUUUUGUUUUUGGAAUAGUUGUCAGGUGUAUUUUUAGAUGACUUGAUAAAGUAGCCGGAGGACAUUACAGUGGUAAUGUUACAGGAACACAAGGAGGAAAUGUCUCGCACUGAAAGCAUAUCCCCGAGUUAUUGUCCUGAAAACAGCAGUAUUAUUAAGAAUCAAAAUGAGUAGUGUUGGCUGUGAGCCUCGUUAAUGUAGAGGCUAUCAGAGCCACCUAGUGGCGCAGUAGACACUAUGCUGAAAAAACAGUCCCAAAGUUCACCUUUUAAAACUUUUUGUGAAAAUAGUUAUGUUGGGAGAGGUUUUGGUAGGGCCAUUUAAUCCCCCUCUCUUUUUUAGUUUUUUAUUGCAGGUUUAGGAUCUUAUAAGUAUGAACUUCUACUCAGGAACUGUGCUGAGAGUAGCCCAGUCUUUUGAUGAGAGUAAAAGGAUCAAUUUAAGGUCAACACGCAACCUUUGUUGACCUUAUACCCAUUCUUUGUAAAUAUUACAACAAUUAUUUUAUUUUGUCUUUGCCUUUCAAAAAAUUUAAUAAAAGUAGAUAUCCUUCAACACAGGUCAGGGCUGUAAUUACUUUAUCAAUGUCAAUAUGACUGUCCAUUGGACUACUUUUCCAUAGUUUACUUCCCAGGUUAGUUUAAAGUUUUCUGUCUCCUGAGGUCCUUUUAUUAUAUUACUGUAGAACCAAAACUGCCAGCUGGGGCCCAUGAUGCCCGGAAAGAGAAUGGAAGCAGAGAUGAGAGGCUGUGUCAACUACAUGUGUUCUAGAAUGGUCAAAGAUUAUGGGUCAGGGGUCACAGGGCUGCUGCCUUCUCCAGCCCAGUGCCUACUGGCGUUGCCUAGGCCUACGUUCAGUACACAGGCCUCUCAACUGGCAGGAACUCUUUGAAACACGUGUAGCCGGCACGGCACCGAUGUGAGCCAUUGCCCCAAAAUCAGGCUGUAUGUCAAACUCGUGGACGUUCUUCAGAGACUUCUGCCCUCGUCAGUGGCAUCGCCUUCCCUGUGUCUCUGUCUUGGGAAAGGCAAGAUGUAUGAGGCCUUUGCUAGUAUUGCAUGCAUGCCAACACAGUGCCCCAAGAGAAUUACUCUAAUCUGGUAUGGAGUUGUGGUCUUGUUGGCAUUGGAUUCCCUUUCCAUCGAUCUCGCAUCGAUGUUGCAUGUGGACGUCUGAGCUCGUCCAAGUUUGGGUUGAGUAAAAAAAAUAGUCAUUAGACUUGACAACUUUUUAAAAGAAAACACUAAAAACAGAAUAGUUUUGAAGUACGUGUUUGUUUGUCAUUUGGCCUUCCGCAGUGGCCGUAACUAGUGUGUCUGAACUGCUUUACAACAAGACUAUUUCACACCUCUGCUUCCUCUUCUAGAUGUGAUGGACAUAGACUUCGACAACACUAGUGCCCAAAGCCUGUUUUAGCAUGGGCAGCGCCAUUGAGGACUUUUUGAAGAAGUCAACUGGGUGGGACUUCCUAUAGGGUUAAGGAAGGAUCAAAUUCUAUCCAGGUCAUCAGGUGGGAUCAACCAAUGAAUUAUACUCAUGAGGAAACAUUCCAUAACUGCAGGUGGCAGUAAAUCGCCUACCUUGGCUUAAUACAUGUUCUAACAACACACUCCAGGUGGCAGUAUGCACCCUUUUAGUUUGUUUGCCAACUCAUAGAAGUAGAAGAAGGUGUACUAUUUCAGAAUUCAAUGGCGCUGCCUCUGCUCUCACAGAUGCCAUAAUGUCUAUGGUGAUGGACUUGUUUUGUGAAGGAAGCCUUAACUGUUCAGAUGGCUAAGAGCUAGACAGCCCCCUCAACCAAAUUGAUAUGUUGUCAUUUUUGAGGGCGGGGAGUAUGGUUUACAUUGAAUUAAGUGUUUUGUAAGCAACAUUCUAAACCGUUAUAAACAUUUUGAAAACAUGUUCUGUAAUAAUGUUUUUAAUAAAGGGCCAUUACUCUUAUGCACCAUCAGUUUCUUUUUAACCAAAUGCUUUUAAUUUGUUUACGAUGACACUACAUUUUUUAAACGCAAUGAUGGUUUUGGGCUUAACUUUGAUUUUUGGAAGAGUUAAGUUAGUCUGAUCUUUCUCAAUUUUCUUUAUGAUUUGGAAGUUCUUGGAGCCCUGUGAAGGCUGAUGAAUGUAUAUCUUUGUACAAAACCAUUUAGUUCAGAGGACAUGUUAGUUAUGAUAGACACAUGCAAGGAAAAAAAAAAAAAACAUUUUUAUAAAUCUUUUUGUAUUAGAACAUUAA